AUGGCUCGCUGGGGUCAUUUUGCCUUGCUGUCAUUGCUGCUGCUUUUUGCAGCGCCCGGUGUAUCAUGUGCCCUCUUGGACCAUCUCUCUUCCCCCACCAUAUACCAGGCCGGGACCGAGAUUCCUAUCACCGUGAACUCACUGACUUCCAAGAGGGGCCUGCUUCCGUACAAUUUCUACUCCGUGAAAACCUGUCAGCCCGAUGAACGGAGGAUGCGGGACGAGCGAAUCCACGAGAAUCUUGGCGAGAUCCUUCUUGGAAACCGCAUCUUGCCCUCUAUGUAUUCCGUGAAGGUUGAGGAGAACAUUACCUGCCGAGAGGUGUGCUUUGUGGCGUAUUCUGAGUCUGAAAUGAAGCGACUCCAAAAACUCAUUGAACAGCAAUAUUGCGCCCACAUGUUUCUUGAUGGUGUCCCGCUGCUGGAGAGGCCCUUGAAUGCCUCAACCGAACAACAUCUCCGGGUUGGUUACCAACUUGGUGUGCCUGCGGCAAGCGAUGAAUCAACAAAGACGACCAUACACAACUACCUGCAUUUUAAAGUGACGUACACACAUGCGGAGCAAGGCGGAUUCUCAAUUACUGGGUUUUACGUCGUCCCAAGCUCAGUGAAUGUACUCACUGGCUGUCCGGAUCCGGAAACUGCGGAAGGUGGGUCGAUCCAACCUGCGACUCCUGAAUCAAUGGAUGUGAAGUACUUUUAUUCUGUGUCCUGGGAAUUGGACACGGAGAAAAUUGAGUUUGUGGCGACACGAUGGGAUGUGUACGCCCGUGCUGGGCAUCCGGCAUCAAAGAGGGGUCACUUGAUGGCGAUUAUGAAUUCCCUUGCGUUACUCAGUUUUUUGGGAAUAAUUGUCAUGGUUAUUCUGACGCGGACUGUUCGUAAGGACCUUCUGAGCUACGCGGAUGCCGACUUGGCUGAAGAGAAUUCGGAGGAAAGCGGGUGGAAGCUUGUGCGUGGAGAUGUGUUUCGCGCUCCCCCAAACGCUUUGCUCUUCACCUCGCUUGUUGCUACUGGCUGCCAGGUGGUUUUUAUGGCCGGCGUUGUGGUUAUUGCAGCAGUUUUGGGCGUUGUGCAUCCAACACAACGAGGAAAUCUUUUGACAAGUCUCAUCAUUUUUUUUUGCUUUUCGAGCUGCAUAUCUGGGUAUGUUGCAGGGAGGAUGCUUAAAUUUUUCCGCAAACAGAGUUGGAAAAAUGGUUUUACCGCAGUUACCUUGGUUCCUGUUUGCUUGAUGUGCGUAUAUCUUCUUGUGAACUUGAUCACUUGGAUAAAACACACCAGUACUUCUAUGCCAUUUUUGACGCUCCUGGUCGUUCUAUUUUUGUGGAUUGUUGUUCCAAUCCCUUUGGCUUUUUUUGGGCUUUCUGCUGGGUUUCGUUUUGAGGUAUUGAGUGUGCCCGCGAAAGUAAGCAGCAUCCCACGCAUCGUGUCGGAGAAGAGCGUGAAUAAGCGUUGCCUUUACGUUUUGGGGGGCGGACUUGUCCCUUUUACUGCAGCUUUUGUUGAGGUUGUCUAUAUUCUUGGCUCUUUUUGGAAUGGGGAACCUUUUCACUACUUUGGCUAUCUGACGGCUAUUCUUUUUGUCGUUGCUGCUAUUUGUGCUGAAGUUACUGUGGUUGUGACAUACUCGAUGUUGUCUGAAGAGGAUUACGAGUGGUGGUGGGUGAGUUUUAUGACAUCGGGCAGCUGUGGAUUUUACUUCUUUCUUUACAGCAUUGUCUAUUUGUUUGCAGCGCUUGAGAUACGUCAACUGUUAUCCAUGGCUUUGUACUGUAUCUAUAUGAUGGGUCUCUCCGUUGUUCUAUGCGUGGCCCUGGGGACUUUGGGUUUUCUUGCUUCUGCCCAUUUUGUACGAACCAUUUAUGGCGCAAUCAAAGCGGACUAA